AUGAAGAUCGCCAGCUCCCUCUCUUGUUUGUUUGCCGUGCUGCGGCUGACAUUUGCCAAUCCUCAAGCCACGGGUAAUGUCAAGCGGCAAGGCUCGCAGCUCCUUGACAGCUAUGACUUUGUCAUCGCUGGCGGUGGAACCAGCGGCUUGACCGUUGCAGAUAGGCUCACCGAGGCGUUCCCUGACAAAACCGUCCUUGUCGUUGAGUAUGGCGAGGUUGAGAACGCACGAGGGAUCUUCGACCCUCCAAUGACCAUCUGGGGAGGUAGCAGCAAUGCGGCAAGUGGCUGGCUGCUCAACUCCACGCCAAGUCCGGAGUUGAACAACGCCACGGCUCUCGUCAUGGUUGGCAAGGUAGUCGGUGGAAGCAGCGCCAUCAACGGCCAGUUCUUUGACCGAGGAUCGCGCUUCGACUAUGAUGCUUGGGAUCGACUCCAGGGAGGUAGCCCCGAGUCCCGGAUGAAAGGCAUCAACUGGAGUUGGGAUGGAAUCUACCCCUUCUUCAGAAAGAGCGUCACUUUCACACCGCCUCCUGAGGCUGUUGCGCGCAAAUACAACUACACCUGGGACACAUCAGCUUUUGAAAAUGUCACACCUAUCCACGCCAGCUUCCCCCCGUUCUUGUGGGGAGACCACUCUGUUGGGCGAGACGCCUGGGAGGAGAUGGGCAUCUGGCGGGCCGAGGAAUGCGCCAACGGGGACAAGGAAGGCCUUUGUUGGAUUCCCAUCUCACAACAUCCCAUAACAGCAAGACGGUCUUAUUCGGGAAUCGGCCACUACGCCGAUGUGGUCGCUGACAGGCCCAACUACCAUCUCCUGGUCAAGCACCAAGUGGCCCGGGUGGUAUACCCGGAGUGGAACACGAAAUCAGGCCCGCCUCUUGUGGAAGUACGUCCCCUAGACGGUGGCCCAUUGUUCAAUAUCUCCGUGAAGAAUGAGGUUAUUCUUUCAUCAGGGGUGUUCGGUACACCGGCCAUCUUGCAAAGAAGCGGAAUCCACCACAGGGAUUACUUGACAUGCUUGAAUCCUCAGCUAAGCAAACGCCACUCGCACCCACGCCAGACACGAAGCCGAUCGCUUUCUACGCCCUCGCCUUCAGACAUGCUCAACGCAACCUUUGCCGCCGAGACCGCGGCGGGCUUCAACCAAACCCCCGCCCAGGGCCCUUACACGCUCGCCAUGUCCAACAGCGCCAUCUGGGUAUCCCUCCCCAACAUCACCAUCGACUACCCCACCAUCAUGGACGCGAUCCGCGCGCAGAACACAUCCCCCAAACACCGCCACCCUCCACCUCCCCCCGCUUACAACGCCGACCCAACCCUGAUCGCCGGCUACCGGGCGCAACUCUCCCAGCUCGCCCAACUCUACGCCAACCCCCACUCUCCCAGCCUCGAAAGCGCCUGGGCCACAGGCACCUCCCCCGCCGCCAUCCUGCUGCACCCACUAAGCCGUGGCACGGCGCGGCUCAACGGCACGCACCCGUUCGAGCCGCCGGUGCUCGACUACCGGUCGGCGUCCAACCCGGUGGACAUGGCGCUGCACCUCGCGCACACGCGGUACCUGCGGCGCAUGACGCGCACCGACACGCUGCGGGGGCUGGGCGCGGUGGAGGUCGGGCCGGGGGACGAGGCGGCGGCGGAUGAGGAGCGGUUGACGGCGUAUGUGCGCCAGAACACCGUGCAGAGCUAUAUGCAUCCGUGCUGUACGGCGGCGAUGCUGCCGAGGGCGAGGGGGGGCGUGGUGGGGUCUGAUUUGAGCGUGUAUGGUGCGGCGGGGCUGAGGGUCGUGGAUAUGAGUGUCUUGCCGAUGUUGCCGGCGGCGCAUUUGAGUGCGACGGCGUAUGCUGUUGGUGAGAAGGCUGCCGAUAUCAUUAUCAAGCGAUGGAAAGCCGAAUAG